AUGGCGGAAGCAAACGAGAGAAGUAGAGAAAUGGCGAGAAGUAAUAGUUGUGUGUUUCCAAGAGAUCUACUUCAGAGAUUUAUCUCUAACUCUGUUGAAGGUGAAGAUGAUGAUGAAGAAGAAGAAGAUGAUGAGAUCGAGUUAAAUCUUGGCUUAUCUCUUGGUGGGAGAUUUGGAGUGGAUAAGAGUAAUAAAAAUAAGCUUGUGAGAUCUUCUUCCGUUGUUGUCACUAUGCCUCUGUUUAGGGAAGAUCAUCUUCAUCAGGCGGCGACGAUGAUAGCGACGAAGGUUUCGACGGAGACGGUGGCGGGAGCGACGAGGGGGACGGGUUUGAUGAGAACGACGUCGUUGCCGGCUGAGUCGGAGGAAGAGUGGAGGAAGAGGAAAGAGAUGCAGACUUUAAGAAGAAUGGCGGCGAAGAGACGGAGAAGCGAGAAGCUUCGUACCGUCGCCGUCGCCGGUGGAGGAAACAGUAAUUAUCCGGAAGAAGCUGUCACUGCCACCACUUCGAGACGGCGAGGUAGACCAUCGUCAGGACUUCCUCGGUGGUCAGCGACGGCUAACAAAAGCGGGCUUUUGCGGCAACACAGUGCUGCUCUUGAUUCACUACAAGUUUCCGUUGAAUCUCAAGGCGGAGGAGGAGGUGGAGGAGCCGCCGGAAGUUCAUCGAGCGUCUCCGAGUUGGAAACUAAAGCGUCGAGUGAUGAAGCAAGAAGCUUACCAUCAACGACACAACAACAAGAAACAAUGACAAAACCAACAAAUCGGCUGAGAAGAUUAAGUUCAGUGGACAUGAACAUGAAGAUGGAGCCACAAGGGAAAGGAAAAAGUGAGAUGCCAUGUGUGUUUACCAAAGGAGAUGGACCAAAUGGGAAGAGAGUUGAUGGGAUUCUUUAUAGAUACGGUAAUGGAGAAGAAGUUAGGAUUAUGUGUGUUUGCCAUGGCGAUUUCUUGUCUCCGGCCGAUUUCGUUAAACAUGCCGGUGGUCCUCAUGUAGAUCAUCCUCUUAGACACAUUGUUGUCAACACUUCUUCUCCUUCUAAUCUCUUAUAAUAGACCAAAAACACUCUAACCAAACCCACUUUUGUUUAGAGAAGAUGUUUUUAAGAGUCACUCGUCAUUUCUCA